UGGGAGAUGGGGAUAGAUUGUGACAAACCUGCUGGGACGCUAGAGAACAAGGGGAAUUCCCCCAUCUGUGGACCAAGAAUCAAGCCACGGGUCCAGGCACUGAAAACCAUAUCGGACUCCUGCUAGCCACAGCCUAAGCUUCCUAGCCAGAGGUUAAUACAAAGAGGAGAGGGGGCAACCAACCCUUCUUCCCAUGAUCAGCUGCUGAAUUCCUCCUGGGAAGCUGUCCACAGAUCGUACUCAUGGGCUCCAUUUCCAGGAUCUGUCUCUUGUCUAGUAGCCGCACGAUGAGGUCUGAAGCAGUCUGCACGGGGAUCUCCGCUAUCCUAUCCCUUUCUGAACUUCCAGUUCUGGGGCGUUUCCCCUACCCCCGCAAUGAAUAACUCCCGUGCAGCUUCUGCUACUGCUCGGAGUUUCACAGGGGGAAGCAGCAACAGCAGAGAGUUUCUGAUGCAUUUCUCAAAUGCCCACAGAGCUCUGAAGGGCAGACUGGACUUGGCCAGCAGAGAUUACUCCGGAGCUGCCUGUCGGCAGACUGGGAAAAGCAGCGCAGCAGCAUGUGGGGGCCCAGGCCGAAUCAUUUCUUAUCUUCCACACUGGUUGGGAAGAGCAUCUGUUUUCAUGAUAUCUUGGCUCUCUGAAGCCCUGUUGCACCGGUGAGAGCAGUGCCAGACUUUCCCUUGUAUGUCAUGGGUGGCUUGUGUGGUUCUUUGAGCAAGGUUUUAAUUCCACUUUCAUAUCAAUCUCUUGCUACCAUGUGUGUCUGUGUGGUGGGCCUGGUAAACUCCCAUACCACACGCAGAUCUCUGCUGCUUGAGCUAAAGUAACUCCAUUAGCUUGUGAGGGCAGUAGCCUAUUGCAUUUCUGAGGUCUAGCUGCCAGAGGGGUGUAUCUAAUGUAUUGGCCCAGACAGAAAUUCAAAUGAUGCUAGUGAGUUUCUCAGGCUCUGCAGAACAGCUCUGAAAUGAACGAAGUUCUCUUUAGCUUUCUGCUGCUACCAGGGAAGCUCUGAGCAGUGCAGAGGGGUCAAAGCCGGCUGUCUCGUGGGCAGAAACAUAGCAGCAUCCAACCCCACUUCAUAAUCCUCGCUUCGCUUUCCUCUGAAAUGAGAGCUUUAAUUCUGCAGCAGCACCUCUUGCUUGGCAGGGAAAGGGCUCUGCUCUCUGGGGCCGAGGGGGAUUUUUCCAGCUGUACCUGUGACUGAGCUGAUGGGACUCUGGCUGGGGCAGCAGGGUGUGAGCAGGGGACUCUUGUUGUUGAUGCAGAUGCCCAUGACCUUUGAGGACGUGGCUGUGUAUUUCACCAAGGAGGAAUGGGCGCUGUUGGACCUGGGUCAGCGAGCCCUCUACAGGGACGUUAUGCAGGAGAACUAUGAGAACGUGACCUCGCUGGGAUUUCUGAUGUCCAGACCUGACUUGAUCUGUCAGCUGGAACAAGGGGAAGAGACGUGGGUCCCAGAUCUCCAGGGCUCAGAGGAAAGGGGGAUCCGGAGAGGUGCCUGUACAGCAGGUGACGAGAUGUUGUGUAAGAACAAGGAGGAGACUCCUCAGCAGGAAGGGCCUGUGCAAGUGGAACCGUGUGGGACGGUAUCGGAAGGAUCCAGAGGAAAUGUUUCUGCACAGGGAGAAGCUGGUGGGAGUCAGAAUGGAUCAAAGAGGCAGAAGGAAAAGGACUCAGGGAAGGGACAAAGUAAAUCCACUUCCCAUGAGGGUGGUUCCAGAGAUAGCAACAAAACCACAGUCCAGCAGACCGGAGAGACGCAGAAAAUAUGCAUAGACUGCGGAAAAAUCUUCAGUUGCAUCUCGCACCUCAUGAGACACCAGAGAACCCACACGGGUGAGAGACCCUUUAAAUGCCCCAACUGUGGGAAAGGCUUCGGUCGGAGCUCGCACCUGGUUGUACAUGAGCGGAUCCACACGGGAGAGAGACCAUACAAGUGCGACGAAUGCGAGAAAAGCUUCAAUCAGAGCCCACACCUUAUUAGACACCAGAAACUCCACCUGAUGGAGAGACGCUGUAAAUUACCUGCCUGGGGUGGGGUGAAUACUGCAUUUCCCAGUUCCUGGAGUAUCCAGCUGCCUAUCGCUGGGAUCAGGGGGCAGUUGCAGGUGCCUCCAGGCUGCUCGGUGAAUCUCUGGCUCUGCCUCCUGUAGCAAACCGCAGGCAGAGGAGGAGAAGCCCCGAUCAGUUUUUCCUCAUUGCUGGGCUGCCAGGCCACUUGCCAGCCAUGUGGUGGUCAGGGGAAAGAAGAACCCAACUCCCCUAGACACUUAUUUCCAUGGACUCAAAUCCCUUUCCACGAACCAAUUCCUUGAGCUAAGCCACCUUUCUCAGGGUAGAGACCUGUCUCUGCACCAUCCUCUGGAACUUGGGCUGGGCCUCCCCCAUGUACCGGUGUUCAUGUGGGGUGGGUGCCCCAGAGGCCCUUCCCUUGCAGACUUUUGGAGGAAACCAGAGAUCAAAUGUUCGGGGACUAGGAGAGGAAGAAUGGGCAGGGAACGGGUUGCUGGGAGUUUGAAUCGGGUUAUUGAAUUAGCAAGUGAUCAAGUGCUGAGACUGGAUAACUCUGCACUGGUUGGCCAGAGCUCAUUGCUGCAAAGAGGAACACCUGCUCGAAGGAAAGGAACAAGGUUUUGUGUGCCAGGAUCACGGCUACUGUCUGCAAUAAUCUUCCCACCCCGUCAGCCACCAGCAGCUCUGAGACAAGCACUUAGGCAUUUCUGUCGGUCAGUGCAGAGUCGCAGCCCCAAAGAGUCGAUUUCUGAUGUUGGGUUAAAAUGACCUCAGAGCACCCUGGGCUAAAAGGGUAACUCAAUUAUUACAGUGAGGGGGUGGGGGGGUUCCUCACUGGGAAUCUUCAAGAGAAAUUAGAGACCAGUCAUUUCCUAUGUGCAUUUGGGGUUUGCAACAAGCAGUGGAUGAGUGGGUGUUGGGAAAGGAAUGUGUGGCUUAUAUUUAUCUCUGGGGAAAUCACUAGGGUAUUUAACAGUAAUUAUGCCGAUUCUUUGGAAUGUCUAAAAUUAGAGUGACUAGUAUAGGUCACUGACAGUCCAGAUCUGUGUCCUUCCAUGUGUCCUUCCCAAAUGAGCGGAGUGGGGCUCAGUGAGGGGUCCUGCUGUGAUGCCACUCUGCUCACUGAGGAAUGGGAUUGAUCCUUUGAUGCCCGUUGCCCAUUUCAGGUGACAUUUUACCCCCUCUGUGCUAGUUACUCUCUCUCCCAGCACACACACUCUGUCACGCCUUUUUAUUUCUGUUUCGGUAAAUAAAACCUGCACAUACAGAUGUUCUCUGGAAUCCUCUUUGUGGUGGGUUUUUUUUUCUUUUCUUUUUUUUUCCCCAGUGGGAGACCCUUCCACUCACGCUGAUUUGAGAGAGGGGCCUGGGCCACUGCAACAUCACCUCAGGGCUGCACACACAGCUCCUCUCUGCCUUUCUACCUCAUGUGCUGCAGGUGCUUGCCUGGGAAUCUCAGCAGCCUGCCUUCCCUCCCAGUGCUGGGGCUCAAAUACUUCUCCUCCACUGCCUGCCAUGGUGGAUGCAGCCUCCUUCCUCUCCCCUGUGUUUUCCCCCCACCUCAGAUCCCAGCUCCUGGGCCUCUCUUUGGAAGCCCUACCUGUACCGCUGCUGUCCUUUCUGCUUGGCCUGAGUCCACCUUGCAUUGUGGUGCUGGCAGGAGCA